UCCCUCCCUCAGCACGUGUUGCUGUUCCUUCAGCCUGCCCCCUGGGCGGGGGCGGCCCGAAAUGGCGGCGGGGGCGGGACAAGAUGGCGGCGGGCGGGCGGUACUUCUGCACAGCGGGUCGCGGCCUCGAGCCUUUCCUGGCCCGGGAGCUGCGAGCGAGGCUCGGAGCUACGGAGGUGGACUAUAUUUCGGGAAAAGUCUUCUUCACCACUGACGCGGAGCCGAGCGAACUGAAGAAAAUCAAGUCUGGAGAGAGGUUGUUUUUGCUGAUUAAGAAACACGACCCGCUUCCCGUUUCAGGAAAUAAAGGGAAAAUACUGCAUGAAAUUAGAAGUCUUGUCAUUGAGGAACCAAAGGAUUGGCUGGAUGUUAUCGCUACUUGGAAAAACCUUCGUGGUUGUGAGGGGAAAAAAGAUGGUGUCUCUCAGGAAAACCCAUCACCUUGCAAGAGAAAAUCAGAAGAAGAGAUGAAUGUUGUGACUAAAAGACAGAAAACAGAGCGAGUAAGAGAGAUUGUGUCUGAGGAAUGUCAAGCAGGAGCUGGAGAGAAUGGUGUGGUACCAGACAGGAAGAGUGAUGAGGAAGGCCAAACUGAAACCAAAACUUCUUUAGAAGACUCUUCCAAAAGCAGUGGAGAGAAACCUGUUGAGAAUGAGAAGCAUAGCUUCAGCUUCCGAGUUUCUUGUCGCUGUAGUGGAGCAAUUGCCAAAAUACUUACUUCACAGGAGAUUGGAAGAGCAAUUGGCAUAGCGCUCAUGAAGCAGUUUAGGUGGCGGGCUGAUCUGCGGAACCCCGAUCUAGAGAUCUUUGUACAUCUUAAUGACAUGCACUCGGUUGUGGGCAUUCCUCUUUUCAGGCUUCCAUUGGCAAACAGAGAGUAUAUCAAAACAGCAGGGCUGCGGUCAACAAUUGCGUGGGCCAUGGCAUCUCUGGCUGAAAUCAGUGCAGGUGACUUUGUGCUAGAUCCCAUGUGUGGGCUAGGAACAAUUCUGCUGGAAGCUGCCACAGAGUGGCCCGAAGCCUGUUACUGGGGAACAGAUAUAAGUGAUUCACAAUUAGAGGGCGCAGAUGUGAAUAUUAAGACUGCAGGUUUGAUGGAUAAGAUUGAGUUACUUAAAGCCUCUGUGAAAGCGUUGCCGUUGCCUUCAGAAAGCUUUGACGCCGUGAUUUCGGAUAUUCCAUUUGGGAAGAAGUUCAAGAUCACAAAAGACGUACGAUUCCUGCCAGAUAUUCUCCAGGAGAUGGAGAGAGUACUUCGUGUUGGAGGGACUAUUGUAUUGCUCUUGAGUCAAGAUCUCCAUAAGCGCAUGGACAGCAUUAGCAAGAGUGGUGAAAACGAAUCUCCUAAUGCCAUUUCUGAUGGAGCAGGUGAAACGACUGCUGUGGAAACCUCGAGUAAUGAUGGGAAUUCUUCCUCCGUGGUGAAAGGUGUCGAAGAACCCUUUCUCAGCAGCAGACAGCCAUGUUUUGGGUCGCUGGUGCCGGAUGGCAUCUAUGAAGUUAGCCUUGGAAAGACAGUUGCUUUCAUAUACAAAUACAGGAAGAUCUCUGCUGCUGGGAAUUAGUAGCCUACGUGCACUGUCUAAGGUGUACGUGAAUCCUGAUAUACUUGAAAGCAGCAUGGCAGUGAACUGGUGGAACCCCGCUGAUCCAAACCCUGUGCCAUUUGUUGGCUCACUUCGCUUCGUAUGGGUGAACUACGCUGUUGCUUGUCUCUUCGGUUUUUAGGAGAGGUGGAAGAUACCAGCUAGAGUUUCAAAUGUUUUUAAUGUAAAAUACUGUAAUGAGGAAGAGUCCUCAAAUCCUUGUUUAGGCAAAGCCUCUCAAUAUUGUGAGGAGUUUAUUCGGGAGAGGAAGACUUCAUUUGCCAUACUGCAAAGAUGUAUAUGGUAGUAUUACAUGUAAAUGGUUUUUCACCUUCAGCAAUGUUUUUCAGAAACACUUGUGAAGAAGUCUCCACCUCUUCUUCAGGACCUGAUGGAGGGCUUUCCUGUGUGUCUUGCAGUCUUGUAUUAUUUCAAAGCUAGUUUGUGAUGAAUGUGAAAUGUCGCUAUUCAGAUAUUUUUGGAGUGGAAAAUAAAUUAUUUUUCG